CGUGUGCAAAGUGCCUGCCCGGCUGCGGAGCGCGCGCCCGUAGAGGCGGGCGGCGGGGCGCGAGCGGCCGCAGGUGUGAGGAGAAACCGCCCGCACGCGGGUAUGGCCGCUCGUGCGCAGCCGUGGCACGCUGUGAAGCAUCAAUUAUUCAUAACAUAGUCACACCUUAGGAAAAGAGGAAGAGAAAUGGACUCAAUUUAUGAGAACCUGCUAUACAAGGUUGCCAGGAUUGAGGAGGGAAAGGAAAACAAGGACAACUCCUACUCCUAUUUGCAAAGGACAACUCCUAUUUGCAAAAGUGUGUUUUGGCGUACCUUCUGUAUCACAAUGACUGUAGCUCCAUACAGAAUUUAUUUACACCAUACAUUUGAAAAGAAAACCCUGGAGAGUUGGUACACAUUUUUCUUGGCCAAAUGUCACAAAACACUGUUGAUAAGAGACUUGGAAAAAAAAUCCUAUAGACAUCCUGUCAUCCUGAAGGCAAUGAAAUAUCAAUGAGGACAGUGCAGUAUAAACUGUGGCUUGAGAGGAAAAAGAAUUGUUCAUUCAAAGCCCGUAAGAUCGCCUUGCUAUUAAAAUUCUGCACACUUUCAGAAAACAGACUGAAGGAGGAAUCAAAUAGAGUUUUAUGACUUCAUAACUUUUACAAGUCUCUUUAAAGCCCUCCAUUAUUAUUCACUCUUCAAAGACAGUCUAUGGCAUUACAGAAUAUCAAAGGAGCAGUUUGAAAAAAGCAAGCUUUGAGAACCAAUUACUAGAAAACAACAGUACAAAACACAUUUAUCGGUUAGCUUAUCAAGACUCUGAUACAAGGAUUGAUUUGGAGGGGCGCGGCAUGCCUUCACGACAUUCACUGAUGAUAAAUCACCUGUCAGAAGUCCUUGGGGAACAUCCGUGUAACUAAAAUUAGUACACACAUCCUAGUACAAACGAUGUCUGUGGCUAAAGUUGACGGAAAACAGUGUACUUACAUUGCUAGAUCUUCAGAAUAAGUUGGGGUAAGUAAUAUCUGGCUGCAUACCCUGGAGUUCCAGGUUGCCCCUGAACACCAUAGUCUCUGAAUAACAUCUUGUAAUUUACCCAGCACAAGAAGUCCCUAAGAGGACUACAUAAUAUCUUCCUUUUUUCUGCCCUUUUUGGGGCCAAAGCUCUCCUUGAGAAAUUAAUGUGGGAUAUGAUUUUACUUUCAGUUUUUAAUAAUUUCAUUUAGUGUAUGUGCUUUACUGCAAUAUUCUGAUGUUUCCAUUGAAAACAUAUUCAUUCCCUCCCCCUCACCCCAAACUCCCUGCUUCAUUGCCCCUUGCUAUAGAUGUGUUUGUGUCUGGGAAACAAGGAUUGGUCAUUAUUGUGGGAGUUGUUCUUGUCAUGGGUGGACUUAUUUAAAGGAAGGCUUGUCUUGCCAGCUUAUCUAAAGAUGCCUGGACUCUGAAAUCAUCUAAUCUCCUCUGCAACAUUCAUAGCUAGAUCCUUCUGACUAACCAUGAUCUAUCCUUAGCUCUCACAUGUCACCCUGCCCUCUGAAAUCUGUAUUAUGUCAACCAAGUGUAAUACCUUUAAAGGAAAGUUUUUAAUAGUAAGAGGAACAACGUAAAAGUAUGUAUGCAUGGGCAUGUAUGUGUUUUGGGAGAUGUGGAUCAAAGAAAUUAAGUGAUAUCCAGUGCCUUAUCAUGAAAAGCAAGCUCUGCAUGACUCAGGAGCUACCUUCCAGGCCUUUCCAUAUUCCUAGUUUGAACAGCAGCUUCAUAUUACAGUUCUUUUAUAAAAACAAACAUUGGCAUAAGAUUAUAUUUUUUUUAGCACCAACACAUUAACAACAAUCAUAGCAGCAGUUUUGUCAGGGGUAUGUAGAAGUCUUUGUUGCAGAAAGAGUUGGUAUAUGCAGUUUGCUGUAGUGACUGACAAAUGAAUUAGCUGAAGUUAGAAAAAAGAGUUUGGGAAGAAAGAAUAUGUGAGUUACUUUUUUAUCUACAAGCCAUUGACAUCUGCUGUUCUGUGUGUGCCAGUGGGGCAGGGAAGGAAGGAAGAAGAUGUGAUUGGCCCCAGUGUGUACCGGUAGCAAAGCCAGUUGUUGGACUGUGGGAUAUAAGCUUCCUGAGAAGUUUUGUCCCUAGGAUCAGAGCUAAGGCCCUUGGAAUGCUUCUAGGUAAAUGUGGCUCAGCUCAUGGUCUGUGUGAUGCUUUCAUCUGGCUUACCAGCACUUCCCUGGAGGAGACAGGGAGCAGCUGUUCAAGGGAUGAAGGUAGCCCACAUGGCUGAAUCAGCCCUCCUGUGCCCACCACAGAGAGACAGGCAGUGGUGGCUGUUGGUGUUGGUAAAGGUGGAGGACUGCCAAGUUUAACCCUGACUCUCUGGGUGAGGCUGUGGCCUGAACAGGAGAGUGCAUUUGGCGAUCGCUGCUAGGAGGGCUGGGGAGGUAGUGGAUUUUGGUGGAGAACAGAGAGAGACAUGUCUGCAGAUAGGUAGGUGGGAAGAGGAGAGUCGUCCUUCCCAAAGCCUUCACCUGGCCACAGUAGAGCUGAAGGCUGGAAUGCUCUCUGCAGUAUCCUGCCAAGUGUGCCUGAGGAGACAGUGUCAUUUUCCUCCUUCUCUUGCAUCACAUGGGCCUGCCAGACUAACAAUCUUCACAAGUGGAAAGAAGCUCCAGGAGUGAUUCUGGAAACAGCCUGACAUUUCUAGUUGAUCAAAAGGAAAACAAAUAACCUCAGCUAUGGAGAGAAAGAGACAGCUACAGAAAAGGGAAUUUGGGAAAAGACUUUCUCUGGACAGCAGUCUUGUGGAAUAUAUGGACUCAAACAAAUACAUAGAGCAUUUAGUGAGUCAGCUGGAAGAACAACGCUGGAAUUUAUGGAGGCAAAAGCUGUCUGUGGCUCGGCUGCAGCGAGAAGUUGCACAAAGUAAGAGUGAAGAAGCAAUGCGUGAGAAGCUGAUACAUGAGUUGGAGGAAGAGAGACAUUUAAGACUUGAGAGUGAAAAAAGAUUACGGGAGGUGACACUGGAGUCGGAGCGUAGCAGAGCUCAGAUGCGUGGACUGCAAGAACAGUUUUCCAGAAUGGAGGAGACAGUGAGAAAUCUGCUACAGAGCCAAGGAUCCCCAGGCCAGAAUGGAGAAGGAACUGUCAAUAUCAUGAAGGUAUAUCAGGAAAAGCUGUCAGAAGACAGUAGGAAAUGUAAAGAAGGCAUGGAAAAAAUUCACACGCCAGCGGAUGAAGAUUCGAGAAGUGAAAGCAGCAGCACUGAAGAGGAAAAAGAAAAGACAAAAUUGCUAUUGGAGCGUUUGAAAGCUCUGGAGGCAGAGAAUUCAGCGCUGGCUCUGGAAAAUGAAAAUCAGAGAGAACAGUAUGAAAGAUGUCUUGAUGAGGUAGCUAAUCAAGUUGUUCAGGCUCUACUUACUCAAAAGGAUCUGAGGGAGGAAUGUAUAAAGCUAAAAACGAGAGUUUUUGAUUUGGAACAACAGAAUCGAACAUUAAGUGUGCUUUUCCAACAGAGAGUCAAACCAGCUUCUGAUCUCCUUCUUCAGAAACUCCAUUCACGCAUCUUAGACCUCUCAUCUGGGGAUUUGCUUUCAGAAAUAGAACGGAACAGAAGCCUGAUGCAAUCUCGAACUGCUGAUGCUCAGAUUCAUGAGUGCCAGCAGAAUGUGAAAUCCAGUAUACCUGUCUUGAAAUGCCAGAGUCAAUUAAAUAUGACAGGUCCUAGCCGCCUGUAUCCCCGGAGCAGCUGCAGUAGCAGUGAACUCUCCCUCUCAAGUGCUUGCAGUGAAUAUUCCAGUGGUUCCUCCUACACUUGGAAUGAUGGAAAGACAUGCAGCAAAAGGUCAUCCGUGAGCUGGGAUAAAAGAAUAAGCAUUGGUUCUUCGCUCCCAAGCAACCUCUCAAGUCCUGCAGAUGAUCUACCUCCAACUCGUAUCAAGGAAAACCAUAUCUUAGAAGGGCUGAAGAAAUUACAGAAGCAAAAAAUAUUACUUGAAUCACCUUCAGUAAUAUCAAAAUGGGGUUACAAAGAUUGCAUGAACUCUAAUGAAGGAAUAUAUUCCCCUGGAGUUAAAUGUGGCAGCCAUAAUGAACAGACUCAUUGUAAGCCCAUGGAAAUGGGAAAUAUUUGCAUUGAACAUAACAAAACUUUCUCUUAUGAUUCAGAUUCACAUGAUGAUGCAGAUGAUGACUCUUCAUCCUUACUGUUGCUGCAGGAAGUACCAAGCAAAGACUGCAGGACCUAUUGCAACAAAUUAACUCACAGCAUUUCUGACAGUCUCUUUGACUGGGAUCCUAAUAGGAAACAUUUGCCAGAAAGAAGUUCAUAUUUUAAUUCAAAGGAAAGACCUGAAAAAUUGACUAGUUUUGUCAGUGGCUUUCAGGCAGAAGUAAAAUCAUGCACCAGAGCAAAGCUGCCUGAGUUACAGAUAAAUCAAAGCCAUGCUAAUAUAGGCUGGAAGGACCUUAAUUUUCAGCUUUCAGAUACUGAUGACAAUGAAGUCUUGGAUGAAUUGCAUAUAGAAAGCAGUGAUGAGAAGAGUCCAUCAGAUUUAUUAGCAACUCCUUUUACUGAGAAGUACGCAAAGACCUCUGGCAUGCUCAAAGUCAUGGAGAAUUCUCAGUUUGUAUCUACUGACAAAGAGGAAAAACAGAUAUCUGCUCACUCAGACAUUAGACCAAAGACAUGUAAUUUCAUUAAACAACAAAAGGUUAUAAAAAAGACCUCUUCUGAAGAGUGCAUUACAGUAAUAUUUGAUGCUGAGGAUGGUGAGCCUAUUGAAUUCAGCUCACAUCAAACUGGAGUUGUCACUGUAACAAGAAAUGAAAUUUCAAUCAACCAGCCACAAACUAGGUCCAAUGCAGAAUAUACUGAACUUAUACCUCAGGGAAUAACUGAUUUGCAGACAGGAACCAAUGCUAGAAACUACACUGCUUUAGAAAGGCCUGAAGAUGAAACCAAGAAAAAGACUCUUGCAGAUAAUACAGGGAAUAAAAAUACAGUUGUCCCCAUGACCUGCAGUGAAUCUUCACGCUGUGAAAGAGUGACACUGCAAAAUACUCCACGACAAAAAAUGGUGAAGCCAGUGUAUGAUGUAUCCUACAAGGCCAACUCAAGCUCCACUGUGCAUGCAGGAAUCAAUCAAAAGCCAAACUUGACUAAAAUACCCAGCAGAGGUAAAUUUUCUCCACAAAAAGCUGCAAUGACGGAGAGCGAGGAGACACUUGUAGCUCAAUCAGUGGGCCCCGCAACCCUUGAAAAAUCACCUGCUCUGCCACCUGUAAAGAUUUCAAGAUUCAAAAAGGCACAAAGUCCACCUCAUCAUUUUGACUCAAAAGUUGACUUCCAGGUUCCAAAGCCCCCUGCUCACCCCCUGCCCGGCUUGAAACGGCCAGGCAGAGGCGAUGGGUCAAAGUAUCCAAAGAGUCAGAGUCCAGCAUCACCACUGUUGCCUCAGCACCUUAUAGAGCCCAGUGACUAUGGAGAACCUCCAACCAGAGACUUUCAUUGUGAUUUAGCAACUGUAGAAGCCCGAUCACCGUCCCCACCUCUUCCUCCAGGCAGGUCAACAUCCCUCUUGAUUCGGCCUAAUUAUGCUCAUUCACCACCUGUAGCAGUAAAAGUAGGAGGAGCUGGUCCCAGUGAAACAGCAAAAAAUAUACUGAAAUCAUCACCAUUAAAAGGAACUGUGAACUCUGGCUUUCAUAAUCAAUCUAGUCAUGAAAUGCAAGCAAAAAAUGUAUCUUCUGGGGCCAAAAUUGAAUUAUCUUACCUUCAAGAAAAUGCAGAAGCAAUUAUGCAAAAUAAAUGCAUAUCUCAGCAACCCCAUAGUGCAUGCCAAGGACUUUCCAAAGUUUCCACGAAGCAAGUCUGCCCAAAAAACCCUAAUCAGCUGGGUCUCCACAGGAAUCAUGAAUUUUCCAACACAGAUUUUCAAACAGCCAGGUCCUUUUCUGUAGGUAGUCCGUCAUUGGAAACAACUUCUUCACAAGAUGCAUAUUCCAGCAAAAAAGAUGUUUCUAGUGACAGUGGGGCGAAUCAGCCACAAAAGAUGCCAAACAUUCUCCCCGCAACUCCUCACUGUCAUACAACAAGCACAAGUGAGCCUUUACUAUCUCAGGUAAACAAUUCCCCGUUGUCAACACUGUUUCAUGGUAGUGACACUGCACAUGCUGCCCAAAACGCUAAUGAGAAAGGAAUGAAAACCCGUCUCCCUGUAGGACUGAAAUUAUUUGUCAAAUCUCCCCAACUUCUCCGAAAGAGCUCCACUGUACCAGGGAAGCAGGAAAAAGACAGUAUAAAUGCAGCUUCCAAAAGUAAUGUGAGUUCGAGUAAGUACAAGCAAAAUGAAUCUAUAUGUGUAACCACCAGAGAUGCAACGGAUGCUGAAUUAAAAGACUCUAAGUCUGAUACCGAAGUAAAAAAUAAUUUUACUGUGGGAUUUAGUAUGGAUACAGCAUCACCUCAUUCACAUGAAAACUGCAACUUGGUGGUAGACAGAGUAGAUGGAUUAGAAAACAAAUUAGUUAAGAGAUCUGUUUCUUCUAGCAACAAGUCGCACUUGAAGCCAGCUCUGGGCAUGAACGGAGCAAAAGCUCGUAGUCAGAGUUUUAGCAUUCAUACAGGGGAAAAGCCAUCUGCCCCUGUGACAGAAGGUCUCGGAAAAGUACGAACUCAGAUUAUUACAAACACUUCUGAUAGAGGAAAUUCUCUAACAAGGCAGAAUUCAGCCAUGGAAGGACUUCAAAUCAAGGCUAUUCCUGGGUCAGCAGGGACACCAGAGACUCUUUCAUAUACUCCUAAAACCACAGAAAGUUCCUGUUCUAGGCAAGGUUGUCUUGGAAAUACGAGUAGUUGCAAUAGCCAGCAUGGAAGCCCAAGCAAACUGCCCUUCAGAUCAUCUCCCAAAGUAGACUUGUUUCACAACACUUCAAAAUGUGAUGGAAACAAACCAUUUUCUCAGAAAGAUGCACGCAGUCUAUCUGUCCAGAGUGAGAAAAGCACUGAAAGUUGUAAACACGAAGUUCUAAGUAAAAAAAGUGUUCUGCCAGCAGAACUUGAGUUAGAAGCAUCACCUACUAUAUCUUCCAAACAAGUUUCAUCAUUUCAAAGCUCAGAUGGAAUAAAGUGUGCUCAUAAACUGGAAGCAACAAAGUCACGAAGACAGCAAAUGUCUUUAAAGUUAGCAGAAGCCUCUGAGAAGGUUACCACUGUUUUGAGUUCACCGGCUCUACAACCUACAAUAGAGGAGAAAGUCAUGUUAUGCAUCCAAGAAAAUGUGCAAAAGGGCCAGGGACAAACCAAAUCUCCCACUGCAGAGACUAAACAAAAGACUGGGCCCUCUAUAGCUAGUUGGUUUGGCUUUCGAAAGAGUAAGCUCCCAGCACUGAGUAGCAGGAAAACCGAUGUUCUUAAAACAAAGGUAGAAAAAAAAGAUGCAAAAGUUUCGGGAUUUGGAAUUAAGCAGGCAAAAUUAGAGAGAAGAAAAGAAAAAAAGAAAACUGAACAACACUGUGAAGUAGAAAAUGAAAUUAACAGGAAAACAGACUAUGGUAACAUUUUAGCUGAUGUCAUGGAGAGCAAAAUUAUGAAACCUUCACAAGACAUGUCUGGUGAGAUUGAGUGUGAACAAGUCAAAGGUUCCACCACAGCUACAUACUCAUCAAAAGACAGUUUUAUGAAAGAGCUUUUAAACAGAGUUGAUAAGAAAGCAGCUCAGCAGACAGAAAGUGGAUCAAAUAAUGUUUCCUACAGGAGUGUGUCAAAGGGCAGCUCCCAGGGCUCCUCUCUUCACGGCAACUCUAUCAGCUCUCAAGGAAACCACAAGAAAAACAGCAACACAAAAGCUGAUAUGGAAAUACAGAAUCAGACCUUGGCUGAAGUAGUCACAGAAAACCUGCAAGAAGAAGAAGAGGACACCAUGACAAGGACUACAUGUCAGAGUCAUGUGAUAGAGUCUUCUUGCCAGAUGAGGACGCUGGACAGCGGCAUUGGAACCUUCCCCCUCCCCGACUCAGGGAACCGAUCUACAGGGCGACACAUUUCUAAGCAAGAAUCAGCCUUGGAAACUGAAGUCCUUGCACCAUCUGAGCAAGUUCUUCUUUCAGCUCCUUCAGUAAAAGCCAAAACUCUUGAGCGAGAAGUGCCUUCAACAGCUAAGAGCCAGGAUUCUGUGGAAAGCAUAAUUAGUCACUCAAAAUCUGAUCCAGCCAUGACUGCCAAAGGUAUACGACCUUUUCAAAGUCGCCUUCCAAAACCAGCUUCCUCAGGAAUAAUUAACCUUGCAAAGCAAAGUGAACAAGUAGCAAGUUCUGUGACCUCUGCCUCAUUAGAGCAUACUGAGGAAACUGUGGAAAAUAGAAAAGUUCUCCCAGAGUGGACCACUAAGAAAACUACUAAAACAAAGGACAGAGCUCUCAGAGUGUGUACUUAUUCUGCGAGCAGCAGUGACACUGAGCCGGAGCCAGAGUAUGAAACAAAUUAUUUUAGAACUGCAGAGGAGACUUUAGUGGAGUUAACAAAGAACAACAAACAAGCUGAGCAGGAAAAACAAAACCAGAGAAAGUCAUUUCUGGGGAACCCGAUAUCAAUCUUGGAUUUAUACCAACACAGUCUCUAUGGCCAUUUUGGAGAAGAUGGACCUGAACAAUUAACACAUUACAGUUUAAUUGAGCAGCUGAGUGGAGCUUCCAGUAAAGACAGCAAGGGCAAGGAGAGCCCAAGUAAAUUGAAGCAAACUGAAGAAACAAAAGAAGAUUCCCAGAAUAGAUUAUCUAAAAUUUCCCUGGAGUCUCUCAAUAAAUUUAACAGCAAUAAUGUACUUUUAUUAGAAAAAGAGAAGAACUGUCUGAACAAGGUUGACGGGCAAAAGGAAGAAAAUGGAAAGAAAGAAGCAGCUUCCUUCAGUAGCUCGGGUAGGCACGACAUGGACAAUUUGGAAUCCUUGAGCGAUUCUCUAUACGAUAGCUUCUCCUCUUGCGCCAGCCAAGGCUCGAACGAUGUAUAGAGACACUUUCCGGUGGGCUGUGACUGCAGCACGUAACGGAGCUGAAGGCGAGUGAGGAGCGAGGGGGGAGAAGAGGUGGAUAUUGAAAAUUCUCACCGCAAAUCGCUGUUCUCAUGGCAGGGUGUUCUGCCUUUUUACCACACAGCAAUAAGAAAGGCAAGCCGGCAGUCACCAUGAUGCAUGAGACUCAACACUGAACACAAUGGACAGUUACACAGAAUAAAGUCUUAAUUUUGCACUUUUGUGAAUAUUUGUACAGUUGUAAAUAUCUUGGGAAAAUAUAUUUGUAGGGAUGACAGCAAUAAAUAUUAAAUUGGUGCUAUGCUCCUGUAAUGGCAGAUUACUAACUUAAAGAAAUUGAUGUUAAUAUUAACAAGAAAAGUUAGUAGAUUUUUUUAAAAAGAUUUAUAAUUGUUCUAGUCUUAAAGCUGUAUGUAGAAACACUGCAUUACCAUAAACCUGAGCCUGCCAAAUUGUCUGUAAUAAACUUUCUUGGACUCCCUUUUACAAAACAUAUUUUAUUUUUUAUUUCUAGUGCAAUUCCAUACAGGUGUUGUAGGGAACUAAGCAUUUCAGUUACCACAGCUUCACAACAGGUGUCUUAUUUCGAAAGGGUUUUGACUUUUGACAGGGCAAGAAAAUGAGGAGAAGAAAAGGCCUGAUACUGCUGGUGUCGACUUCAUCAAUCCCAUGCGUAACUGUUUGAAAGAUCAGGGUUAAAGUAAUUCACUGCUGACACAAACCGGAGUCUUAUAUGAAUCAGAACUGCACAACCCGGCCUUUACUUCUGACUGCAACGUAGGUUCUCUGCUUCCACCUCCUCCCUGCUCAUUUCCUAUCAUUUCUGAAUGGACUGUGUUGUGUUAUCUUUUGUAGUCCCCAUUUGGUCUUACUUCAGUUGUAAAUGCUAAAAUAAUUUUUAAAAAUCAAAGCUGGCUCCUGUUUGUGACACUUAAAGACAAUGUUGGUGCUAACUGGUACUAGUUCAGACAUACCUAGAAGCAGGGGGAUUGGCGUGUGUGGAGUGUUUUUGUUUUUUCUACAAAGGUUGUUUAUAUGUAAGGGAAAGUCUAUUUCAAAGGUUCGGUGUAUUUUUUCUAGAUGUGAAGUAUUUAUAACUGCUUUUUGUACAGCAAUCUGUAAACUAGAUAUAUUUGGGAUAUUUCUA